AUGCUCACCAAAUCCACUCACGUCUACGCCCACCACGGCCUCCCUCUCGAAUGCGACGUCUACACUCAAGACGCCGCCUCUGACACGCACGCCUUUCUCUACUUUCACCCUGGAGGACUUACAGAUUGGGGUCGCGAGUUUAUCGCCCCGUGGUUCGUACAGGCUUGCCUCGAGAGGAAAUGGACCUUGAUCAGCGCCAGUUACCGGCUCAUGCCUCAAGUUGGAACUCAAGGUCUUAUCGAUGAUGUUUCGGCGGCAUAUCAGUUUGCGAGAUCAUGGGCUGUCAAGGAUGGAAAAGAGCGGCCGGUCAUAUUGGGGGGUGCCAGUGCUGGCAUUUGUGGGCUUCACACCUUUCGCCAUCCUUUUUACAACUCAUCAACACUCCUCCUCCCAGAACCCAUCGAAGAUGCAGACGUGGCCGAGUUCAUCAGCAGACCAAUCGAAGUAGGCAAACAGGAAGUAGGAAGCAUCGCAAGCUUUGCACUGGACAAGUUGCUGCCUGAUGGAUCAAAGAACCCAGACUAUAAAGCACCCCAGGCACCGGUGAUUCAAGAUCCGCCUAAGCACCCCAGAGGUCACCUCUACGAGUACUACAUCUACAAGAACGCCUGGCUCGACUUGGUUGGAGAGAUCGAUGCCGGGUAUACCUGGGCAAAGGAUCCAAGCAACAAACGACGAGUCGAGAGCUGGCCACCUACCGUUCUCAUACACGGAGACGCAGACCUGCAUGUGCCUCUGGACUCUGCCGAGCAAAUGAGGGAGUGCCUCAGCGAAGACAAAGUGAGGCUGUUUGUGGCAAAUGGUCUGCAUCAUUUGUUCGAGACGUUUUAUUUCCUCGAGGAUGAUGAGCCGGGGAUGGAUGCUGUUAGAGAUGCAUUGAAGUGUCUUGAUGGUAUAGUUGCGGCAGCAUCAAAGUAA